AUGGGCGUGUUCUCAGGUGUUCAGGAAGUUGAGAAACCUGUACAAGUGCAGGCUUACCGAAGAUCCUCCACGUCCCCAGAGCGCUCACUAAUCCGAGGGGACGAGGAGGGUCAUAAACUGCGUGUUGUGAUGAACACAAGCGAUCCAGACUACGAGCACAUUUACUCUAUAGAGACCUAUGAUGAUGAUGCUCCAGUGGUGGAGAUUGCUGACUAUGACACCACGGUCAAUAAAAGCCAGGACUCCUGCAUCUUGCCCAUGGAAGAGGGUAAUUGUUCCCGCUAUACUCUGCGCUGGUACUUUAACUCUGAAGUGGGCGUCUGUAGACCUUUUAUCUACAGCGGCUGUGGAGGAAAUGCUAACCACUUUUUACAAAAGGAAGAAUGUGAGAAACUCUGUCUACAAGAGUAAGAAGAAUUUUGUUUUAGCUUGAAGACAAGAGUUGACUGUAAAUGGAGGAUCACUAACUCGUCUGCAAUAUGAAAAAACCUAAACCAUAGUGUUUGACACUGCAAUCAUGCACAAGAGAUCAAGGUAAAGAUUGAUGUCAACACCUUUUCCUCAACGGGACAAGCAAAUUUUAAAUAUUGAUCAGGUCUGGGUUUUUUUGUUUAUUUAUUUUGUGUCUGUUGAGCUGCCAAACAUCUGUUAAUCUUCCUGCCAAUCUGGAUGCAUUGUUUUAUAUAUAUAUAUAUAUAUAUAUAUAUAUACACACACAUUACUUGCUUUAACACAUGUACAUUAGUCCAGUCAGUAACUGUAUACAAUAUUAUCUUUCAUAUUUUCUCCUUGAUGUUGCAUAUUUACACCCACUGACAUU